AAAAUCUGGAAGAAACCAACGUAGUGCAUUUGAUUUAAAAUUCGAAUUAGACAAAAUUGUCAAAUUCAUAGGAAAUGACGUACCCACUGAAGAUUUGAUGUUGGAUCAAAAUAUUCUAUUUCUUCCACUUUCUGCUAAUUAUCCUGGUGUGGACUUUCUUAUUUGGUGCCAUUCAAGUAAAAUAUUAUUUGCAUUUCAGGUUACUAUUGGUUCAAUUGCAAACCACAAAGAAAGCAAAGACAAUUUUAUGUCUGGAGGAAGUG